AUGUGUGAGAAUCUUUCUGUAGUUCCUGGAAAGGUUUUGGUGCCUCCAGUUGUUGUUGAUCAUAUCCAGGGACAAGCCCUAGAUGCUUUGCAAAUUAUUAUUCUCCUUGUUUUGGUUUCUUGUAGGAGCAAAAUUUCUAAAGUUUAUCUUGCAAUGUAUAUAAAGAAUGUUACCGAACUUUCUUUUGAUGAUGUUACACCAGAAGACUCUAACUUCCCGUCAAUUCAAGGCCUAGCUGAAACUGGACUCAUCUCAAGCAAGCUCUCAAGACAUGAUCUUUCUUCUUCAUUGGAAGACGAUGAAAACAUUAACAAGAUCAACCCAGAUGCCUGGCCUGCUAUUGCUGCUGAUGUGGCAGUGGGAGAACAAGGAAUCAUAGCUCUUGCAUUUGGCUACACCAGGUUGUUCCAUCCAGAAAAGCCUGUAACUAAGGUACACGCCGCAAUUGCUCUUGCAACUAUCGAGGCUUCUGAAAUAGUCAACGGAGAGCUUGCACGUAUAAACGUAGAAGCUUUAGUAGAGAAUUCCGUGACUGUACAUAAUGCAUUAGUAGUUGAGAUUGAGAGAGAUGUAAAUGCUACUUUUGAAAAAAAGCUAUUGUUAGAAAGACAGAAGAUCGAUGCCCUGGACAAAAUGGCAGAGGAAGCAAGAAUUGAAUUGGAGAGGUUAAGAGCUGAAAGAGAGUUGGAGGGCCUAUUGAGUAACAAAGUUGAGAUAUUGUAUAUGCAUAGAGAAUCAAAUGCAUUAAGGGAGAAGCUUGAUUUUAACUUUUUAGUACAUUUAUUGAUAUUGAUCAUGUUGAUUGUAAUAAUAGUGGCUAGUAUUGAAGUUCAAGGUCUCCUACAUGGUUCUCAUCAAUUCUGA